AUGCCUCCAAAUCCCAGCCCCGACCGUGGCGUCAACAACAACAGCCUCAUAAAGCAGCACGUGGCGGCGAGAGCAGAAUGGAACACCCUCCCAUGCGAGCUCCAAGCUCUGAUCAUCGACAGCCUGGCGCCGCAAGACUUCCGCAAAGCGUGGUUCACCUGGCGCCUCGUGUCUCGGCAAUUCCGCGACGUCACGGAGCAAGUCUUCAAAACCCGCAUUGCCAUGAACCUCGGUUUCCAAGUUUAUGUCGGCGGUCUCAAUAUGAUCCGGUCGACUUGUCGCUCCUUUUACGAUGCCGUCCAUAUGCACCGCUUGGAAGUCGUACGGCUUGCCGAGUUCUCCUUGGAGGAUGCGCAGGCUGCCUUCGAAAACAAGAUGACAGACAGCUCGUUAAUUCACGGUACCCCAGAGAGGGAUAUGGAACAACUUUUCGGAUCUGAGUACCUGCCAUUCGCACUGUUCGGCAAGUAUCUGUGGCAGCAGAAAGGGGACAGCCGUCCAGCUUGGAAAGGAUUUUAUCACCCUGCGCUAUUGCACAACGACGUAUUGUUUGGGCUGCCAUUCAUCUAUCAGGGACGCACCCGCGGACCGAGACAGACAGUCACGAUGCCGUGGAAACCGAUGAUGAGUGCCUUGAUGAUGCAAGAGCUGGAAUUAGGGGAGGAAUUAAGCCGGCUAGGCAGACGAGACAUCGAGGCCACUCGCUGGCGUGCGGAGCCGUCGAUGGAGCAGGGAAUGAGGAUUGCCAUGAGUUCUGAGGUUGUGCGAUUCAUGCGGUACGAAACGUGUCUCAGAGCCGCGAUCAUGUCCUUAAGCAUACGAUGGGAACGCCAAAGCCAAGACAACCGUUACUUCUGCAGGUAUGAGCCUAUCCCCAACGAUGCAAGGGACAAGAGCUGGACUGAUAAUUGGUUCGACGAGUGGCUUUACGCAGUAUUGGGGAAACGAGUAUGA